GAAAAUAUUAUCAAAAAAACGUGCUCAAACAUCCGAUGAAGCAGGUAGAAAAGCAUAUGAAAUGACAAUUCAGUGAUACGCAAAAAGAAGCUUGUUCGGGUUAGCGAAGAGAAACGUGAUAUCCACAUCAUCCUUCAAACGACCCACUUAUUUUUCCGCAAACAGCAAAUCAGAAUCCGAAGGAGCCCGGAAACGAACUCUUUGUAUCACAAGAACCAGCGGACAGAAUGACGCAGCUGGAAGAUGACGUGUUAUUGAAUAAUUUGUUGAAAUUCCCCGGGACUAUCAUUAUCUACAACAAUGACCUGAACAGCUACAAUUACGUUCUGAAUGGUCACAAUUCGAUUCCACUAGCCACUAAUAGCACACCGCUAGAAAAUGGUUCAAUGGAUUUGAACGGCGCAGUAUCGAUCAAUGUAGAAACGAUCCCAUCAGAACCUCCCCUAGAGUCCCCAGCGACAUCAACAUCGACGGACUCGCUGCAAAGUCAGCACGAUGACAUCUGCAGCGCCAGUAACAGUAGCCUUGUAACGGACUCGGCGGCCAACACCUCCGGUAGCAUCCAGGAGGACUGCGACGGAGAAGAAGUGGACAUCGGAGACGACUCGGAACCGGAACUGACCAACCUCUCCUGGUUAACGGAAUUGAAAAACAUUACCAAUCUAACGCCAUCCGAUGCACCACUGACGGAUCUCCCGACGGCUCGUUUCAAUAAAUUUAUAGCUCAAGUACGAAGAAGUCGCGAAUCGUACGACAAGCACAAGGAUCAGUACAUGACUCUAUCGAAUUCAGAAGAGAAACCACCAUUCAACUAUGCGCAAAUCAUCGCUAUGGCCAUGUUGGACGAAGGCCGGAUGACACUGAAGCAGAUCUGUAAAUGGAUACAAGAAAAAUUUGUCUACUACAAAGUUCAUAAAAAUUGGAAUAACUCCAUCCGCCACAACUUAUCGUUGAGUUUCUACUUUACAAAAGUUUCCCGAGCCAAAGAUGAAAAAGGCAAGGGUGGCUAUUGGGAACUUUCCAUGGACGUAUCCAAAAGUGAACGGAAGCGGAUUCGAGUGCGACAGCGCAAUCGAGGUAAAUCUACCGGGUCGUCAGCUCGUAACCGAAAUCGGUUACGUAAAUCAAGCAACGACAAUGUAUCUGCAAGUAAUGAUAAUUUACCGUCACUGGACGAAAUUUCUUCUGCAAAAAGUCCCGACGGAAACAACAACAAUUCAAGUGAUAUCAUCACCAAUACCAACACAAGUGCCGAAAGUAUUUCCGAAGAUGAUCAAAUCAUUCAAACAGCCAUCAUGGACACCACCAACCCCGCCGAAGUCGGUUCCACAAGCGAACAAGCUUACAGGCCGAGUGAAUCGUCGGAGAUUGCCAUACUCGAAGAACAGCUGAUUAAAACAAGUGCCUUGGUAGAGAAUGAUACCCUGAAUUUUGAUUCUAUCAUAAACGCCGAAACUACCAGCAAUAUAUUUAGGACUCUGAACGUUGACGAGAUUUUCUCCGGAAACGAGAUACCCCAACCCGCCAACGACGACAUAAUCGUGCCGUUCUUCGGCAAUAAUGGCCAACAAACGAUCCAGACUGGACCCAACGUUAUCGUGGAAACGAUUCCCUAUUUCCUUCCGGAUAUGGUCAGCUUUGAUGAUCAGGAUUUUGGCAAUCUGAUCAACAUCAACGAACAGGAGAUCAGCGACGAGUUCCUCAACGAGCAUGGCUUUCUAUAAAUUUACGAAUUUCGUUCUAAACCAAUACUGACUGUUGGUGCCUUAGUCAACCAGUGUUUAUUCCGUCCAAGCCAUAGAAAACCACUAGUCCCUACUAGUAAGAUUUUAGUAGUUGUAACAAACAAUAGACUAAGGGAAUCGCAAUGUAGCGUGGCAUACAACGAUGCCAUGAAGAUUGAUAAUCGAGAUUGUAAUGCAACUGCAUCGCAGAGUAAGAAGUCUGAAGAGUAACACAUUUUUUCUAAGCUGUUGAAACUAUG